AUGUCUGCCUCCCACCUCUCCGUCGACGACCUUUCUGCGCUAUCCAAGGGACAGGUGCCUUUCGAGCUCGCUGCUGCCCUCGUCUACCCGUCGCUUGCGCCUCAAGAUGCGUAUCCCUCAAGCUCGGCCUCGUAUCCCACCAGACAAGACGCCUUCCCCGCAUACCCCUCUGCUGGAUACCACUAUGUCAAUGACCAGCCAAGCACCUUUUCCCCUGCCGGAUUUCCGUCGGGGGACAUUUCUCUGCACGACGCCAUCGCCGAGGCGCUUGUGACAGCCCAGCUUCAGCAGCACCCCCCUAGUCCGCCUUCGCACAUGCAUUAUCCAGUCCGCUGGCCUGCGGCCGACAACUUUGGCCCAUUCAACAUGGCCCACGGCACCAUCGGUCCCUCGGUGCACCAGGACAUGCCCUUGCUGCAUCCGCAAGCCGCCGUUGCCCCAGAGAGUGCAUACCAGCCACUGCCUCCAGACGCUCACCGCUCGGCCGCUCAGCCCGCAUGGUCGGUCUCGGGCUCGUUAGACCCAGUCACCGGGGUCUUCCAACGUUCCUCGGAGCACCCAAGGAUGCGCACGGCCCAGGCUUGCGAGAAAUGCCGUAUCAGAAAAGCAAAGUGUAGCGGAGAGCACCCGUUUUGCCAGAGGUGCCGCUCGAGAGGCCUUCUCUGCGAGUAUGCGCCCGAGCGCAGGAUGCGUGGUCCGAACAAAAACAAGCGCAAGAGCGUCAGCGGAACUGGCCCCGACCGUCGCUCAUCGACGCCGCACUCCGAGCGCAGGAUGUCGGUCGCCUCGACGAGCUCAAGCUCAAGCGAGGCCGACCACCCCGUCCUCGACAUCCCUCCUGCCGUCGUGGCUGCCGUCGUGGCGUCCGCAGCCCACUCCCCCGAGCUGAUCUCCCCAUCGCCCUUCGUCGACCCAGCCCGGCCACACUCCCACCCGAGCCCCCUCCGCUUCGGCCUCCCGGAGCCCAUCGAGCCCAUCCCCGUGCACACACCCGAGCAGCAGCACAUCGGCCGCCGCCCGCGCCCGCCUCCGCUCAACCUCGACAGCGCCUCGUUCUUCCCCGCGCUCCCGUCCGGGCCCAGCGAGCACACCGUCCCCGCCUCCGCAGUCCCCGCCGGCUUCGCCGACGACACGACGCCCACCGUGCACCCCGCCGCGCGGCGUGCGUCCCUCCCGGCAUACCUCGCCGUCACCCCCAGCGCGGGCGACGGCGCCCCGGCGAGCUUCUCGCCCUCGGACUCGGUCCCGCCGACGAUGGACACGCUCUCGGUGCACUCGCACUCGCGCUCAAACUCCAACUCCAACUCGACGCCCGGCUCGCUGCACGCGCCGCUCACCCCGCUGUCGCUACCGGACAGUAUGCCCGCGCACGGAGACAUCGCGUACCCGGGCGACUUUGACUUGGGCACGUUGGGCGCCGUCGAGCACGGCAAGGAGGGCGGCCAGGCGGGCUUUGACCAGACGGUGGCCGAUGUGCUGCGCUCGCCUCUGCUCGACCCGGCGGGAAAGCCGCCUGGUGUGGUGCGGUGGAACGGGGAGGUCGAGACGAUCCCAUCGGAGUAA